UCUUCUUUUAAUACUUUGAAAUUUACAAAAUCCUAGAUUAUUAAUUUAUACUCUGUUUUCUGGGCACAGAUUUUUCAUUUUUUAUUUUAGACGCGUUUCUGAUUCUCUCUGGCCGGUGUUUGGUUUUCAAUUUUUGAUUUUGUUGACCGUCACAUGAGUGGACUUUGACUGGCCGUGAUCGGAAUAUUUCUUGCCGUCGAUGGGACAGUGUUGCAGUAAGGGUGUUUCCGGCGAUAAGGGCGGUAGCGUCGUUGCCGUCGGUGAUGGAAACUCUGCCGUAUCUACCAACAACCGCCCUAAACCACCACCUUCACCGGUACGUCAAUCAGUUGGGAAUGGCACGAAUUACACUAACAACAGUACGCCAGCUCACUCAUUUACCACCAGUCCGUUUCAGAGCCCGUAUCCUGCCGGAAUAGCUCCGUCUCCAUCUCCGGUCGGAACGCCGAGGAGGAAAUUCAAGUGGCCAUUUCCACCACCGUCGCCGGCAAAACCCAUAUUAUCAGCGAUCCUGAAGCGACAGGGAGGGACGUCAGUGCAGCCGAAAGAGGGGCCAAUACCGGAAGAUGAAGGUGGUGAAGGUGAGAGACAGCUUGAUAAAAGCUUCGGCUAUGCAAAGAAUUUGACAUCAAAGUAUGAGUUGGGAAAGGAGGUGGGUCGAGGGCAUUUCGGCCAUACUUGUUGGGCUAAAGGUAAAAAAGGCGAACUGAAAAAUCAGCCAGUGGCUGUGAAGAUCAUUUCCAAAGCUAAGAUGACAACCGCAAUAUCUAUCGAAGAUGUUCGCAGGGAGGUGAAGAUAUUGAAAGCCUUAUCUGGCCAUCAGAAUCUUGUCAAGUUUUAUGAUGCAUUUGAGGAUGCCAACAAUGUCUACAUAGUAAUGGAGUUAUGUGAAGGUGGGGAACUAUUGGACAGGAUUUUAUCAAGAGGUGGGAGAUACACAGAGGAGGAUGCCAAAAGUAUUGUGGUUCAAAUACUAAAUGUUGUCGCCUUUUGUCAUCUUCAAGGUGUGGUACACCGCGAUCUGAAGCCAGAGAACUUUCUUUUUGCAAAGAAAGAUGAGGAUUCACCAAUGAAGGUUAUUGAUUUUGGUCUGUCAGAUUUCAUUAGACCAGAUCAACGUCUUAAUGAUAUUGUUGGCAGUGCAUAUUAUGUUGCACCUGAAGUACUUCAUAGGUCCUAUAGCAUUGAAGCAGAUAUGUGGAGUAUUGGUGUGAUAACUUAUAUCUUGUUAUGUGGAAGUAGACCUUUCUGGGCACGUACAGAGUCCGGUAUUUUCCGUUCCGUGUUACGAGCUGAUCCUAAUUUUGAGGACUCGCCUUGGCCUGCAGUGUCGGCAGAGGCCAGAGAUUUUGUGAAAAGGCUUUUGAAUAAAGACCAUAGGAAGAGAAUGACUGCUUCUCAAGCACUGACUCAUCCAUGGUUAAGGACUGAAAAUCCUUUUGUACCCUUGGACAUAUUGAUUUUUAAAUUAGUCAAGUCUUAUAUUCGAACAUCACACUUGAAACGUGCAGCACUUAAGGCUCUUUCAAAAGCAUUGACAGAAGAAGAGUUAAUAUACCUCAGGGCUCAAUUCAAUUUAUUGGAACCAAAAGCUGGUUUUGUGUCGCUCGAUAAUUUUAGGAUGGCACUUAUGAAACAGACGACUGAUGCCAUGAGGGAGGCCAGAGUUCUUGACUUCAUAAAUUUGCUGGAACCAUUAUCUUACAAGCAAAUGGAGUUUGAAGAAUUCUGUGCUGCUGCAAUUAACACAUAUCAGCUAGAGGCUCUAGAAAACUGGGAACAAAUUGCUAGUGCCGCUUUCAAUUAUUUUGAGCAAGAAGGAAAUUGUGCCAUUUCUGUUGAGGAAUUAGCACAGGAAAUGAAUUUGGGCCCUACGGCUUACACUUUUCUCAAGGAUUGGAUCAGACCAUCUGAUAGGAAAUUGAGUUUCCUUGGGUAUACCAAAUUUUUGCAUGGCGUGACAAUUCGAAGUUCAAGCACAAGACAUCAUCGAUAACAUGGCUGCACAGAGCACUCAAGUUGCUCCAAAGAGAGAACAAGAGAUUAUAAUUUCUAUUCUUUUGGUUAUUUUUUCUUUUGUGCAGUGAUAGAAAGUGUUAAACUUAUCUAGUGUCAAAGAUAUUCAAUUUAUGUUGUGAGGAUUCGAUCUUUAUUCUUUAAUACUAGCGAUUUGGAUUUUGGAUCUGUUAAAUUGCUUUUUCUGGGGAAGAAAACUUCAAGGAGCAUGAUGAAUUGCUGUUUAUCCAUCUGAAGCUUAAAAAGUUCAUUUCUUCUACAAUUUACUAGCUAGGUAGCAGUCCUAUUAUUUUGGCUUAGCACAUUCUGCUAGUGGUAAUCAACUUACUUGAAAAUUAAAGUGACUGCAUGUUUGCAACUGCUGUUUGAUUGUGUUGGGCUAAUGUAAUCCAAAGAUAUUCUUUGGUGAUA